GAAUCAUUUUCGAACACAAAAAAUUGAUUGGAAGGCAAAAGCGUUUUUUGUACGUGAUCUUGAAGAGAAUUGGAUAAGUCAAGAGUGGAUUCUUGGCUUUAUAGAUGGUGGGCGUUUACCAAAUUAUGAAGAUAGAACUAAU